UAUUGCAGCUAAUUUUGGUUGACCGUGUAGACAUAUACAUUGAAGAACGAACAUAAAUUAAACUCAACGAACUGAUUAAACAAAUAAGCACGUUGAAAAUUAAUUAAUUAAUUAAAUAAAUAAGCCCAACCCAAACAGCGUAGCCCACAAACCAAAAGGUUGACUUUUGACCAGCCGUGGCCUCAUUUAGUGGUUCCCCACUUAUUCUUUCCUGAGAUCUGCAGCUCACACGUAUUCCAUUUUCUAUCAUCCUAUUCCAAAUUCCAUUCAUUUUAGCUCCCUUUUUGUCCAAAUUUCAUAGUUCAAUUCAAGUAUAUAAACAUUUCUCUUAUUCUGAUGCAUUCAGCAGGUUAUAUCAACAUAAUUUUCUGGUUUCUUGUUAUUGUUGUGAUUGGAUCUGAAUCAAUUACUUCAGACUCAUAUGCCAAAAGCUCACUUGAUUCCUUACUUCAGCAAUAUGCAUUCAGGGAAUUGACCUGGCCAAGAGCCAGAACUGGUGUUCCCUAUGAUGCAUCUGUCCCCUGCAAUUUGACAGGAAUUAGACUUUCAGCCUUGAUGCUUAGACGACACAACUUAAAACGGAAAAUCUAUGGCUACUAUAGAGAAUUUUUUAUCCCAUCUCGUAUCAUUGAGAAGCCAUAUGCAAGGAAACUUGUUCUGGUUUACCAAAACUUGGCUAAUUGGUCCUCUUUUUAUUAUCCUUUGCCUGGUUACACUUAUCUAACGCCGCUUCUGGGUAUCUUGGCUUAUGAUGCUUAUGAUUUGUAUGCCAAAAAUGUACCCGAAUUAGAUAUUUUAGCACUCAAAGAUCCUAUCACCAUCAGGUUUCCUUAUGUGCAGCCUGCUCCAGAAGGAUCUUUGCCCAAAUGUGUUUAUUUCUACUCCAAUAACUGGGUCGAAUUUCGCAAUGUCAUAGAUGGAAAUAUUUGUGAGACUAGAAUACAAGGCCAUUUUGCUAUAGUUGCUGAGGUGAAAGUUGCUCCAACUCCUCCUCCUACUGCUCCAAGUCCUUCUCCCACAAGUGAUAAUAUUGCCCCGAGUCCUUCUUCUACACCUGAUAAAAUUGCCCCGAGUCCUUCUCCCACAGCUGGUGGAAUUGCUCCGAGUCCUUCUCCUACAGCUGGUGGAAUUGCCCCGAGUCCUUCUCCCACAACUGAUAAUAUUGCCCCGAGUCCUUCUCCCACAAGUGAUAAUAUUGCUCCGAGUCCUUCUCCCACAACUGAUAAUAUUGCCCCGAGUCCUUCUCCCACAGCUGGUGGAAUUGCUCCGAGUCCUUCUCCCACAGCUGGUGGAAUUGCCCCGAGUCCUUCUCCCACAACUGAUAAUAUUGCCCCGAGUCCCUCUCCUACAGCUGAUGGAAUUGCCCCGAGUCCUUCCCCCACAGCUGGUGGAAUUGCUCCGAGUCCUUCUCCCACAGCUGAUGGAAUUGCCCCGAGUCCUUCCCCCACAGCUGGUGGAAUGGCUCCGAGUCCUUCUCCCACAGCUGAUGGAAUUGCCCCGAGUCCUUCUCCUACUGCCGAUGAUCAUAAUCAUCAAAAGUUCAACUCUAAAAUGUGGACUAUUUCAUCGGUAUUUCUAAUAUUUGCUCUCUCGGGAAUAUUGGUUGUUAUUGUAAAAAAGUAUAGAUUAUUGGAAAUAAGAGAGAGGUUGGCAGGAGUUGUUGAGCCCUUGUUAGAGAACACAGAGGCGCCAUUGCCAUUGGAAGCUCCAACUAGACCAUUGUCGUAGAAUGAUUACGUGUAUAUGGACAAGUUUACCCAUCCUCUCAAACAAAGCUCGGUGUAUAUAUGAUGAUAUUAUUGACUCAUAGCUUACAUGGGAACCCAUGGGUAAAAUGUACAUGAAAAUAUCCUUAAUGGCUUGUUGCUGAAAGUUAUCAGAACCAAUUCAGUUUCAAUAGUAGUAAAGUAGGUUGGGAUGUUAAUUGUAAUUGUUUUCAUCUGAAUCUACCCCAAGGCCGUCCAAGGCUCAUGUUAAAAGAUUUUAAUGCCUCGAUAUUUUUUUCAAACUUGAUACAUAAAAUAUAUUUUAUGCUUACAAAUUCAUUCGGUUCA